AACUACAUUGUAGAAAACAUGAAAUCGGAGAUGGUGCAGCUGCAGCAGAAUGCUGUGCAGAACCACACCGCCACUAUGCUUGAGAUAGGGACCAGCCUCCUCAGUCAGACAGCAGAGCAGACGAGAAAACUCACGGAUGUUGAAACCCAGGUGCUAAAUCAAACAUCCAGACUUGAAAUUCAGCUACUGGAAAAUUCACUGUCAACAUACAAGCUAGAAAAACAGUUGCUGCAACAGACACAUGAAAUCCUGAAAAUUCAUGAGAAAAACAGUUUACUUGAGCACAGAAUUUUAGAAAUGGAAGAAAGGCAUAAAGAGGAGCUGGACACUUUGAAGGAGGAAAAAGAGAACCUACAAAGCUUGGUCACACGACAAAGCUACAUAAUCCAGGAACUAGAGAAGCAGUUAAACAAGGCAACAAGCAAUAACAGUGUCCUGCAGAAACAGCAGCUUGAAUUGAUGGAUACAGUUCACACUCUGAUCACCCUCUGCUCCAAGGAAGGAGAGGGAAAAAGAAACAAUACAAAAAAGGAAGACGAAAAGCCUUUCAGAGACUGCGCAGAUGUAUACCAAUCUGGUUUUAACAAAAGUGGGGUCUACACUAUUUAUAUUAACAAUGUGUCAGAUCCUAAAAAGGUCUUUUGCAAUAUGGAAAUUGCUGGAGGAGGAUGGACAGUUAUACAGCACCGAGAAGAUGGGAGUCUGGAUUUUCAAAAAAGCUGGAAAGAAUACAAAAUGGGUUUUGGUAGCCCAUCAGGUGAACAUUGGCUGGGAAAUGAAUUUAUCUUUGCAAUAACAAGUCAGAGGCAAUAUUCCCUAAGAAUUGAAUUAAUGGACUGGGAAGGAAACCGGGCAUAUUCACAGUAUGACAGAUUUCACAUAGGAAAUGAAAAGCAGAAUUACAG